CCAGCUGUGAUCUUUAGGAGGAGAUCUGAACUUCAACAUGAGCUUUUCUGGGGAACCACACUCAGAGAAAAGCCAGAGUUUGAAUCAGUUAAAGGCAUCGGAAUCUCCUGUUCUCAGCCAUGUGUCCAUGAAGAGUGACCAUUCUAUGACGCCUUCCAUAGAUUUCAAAGAUGGAGAUGAUUUUCCUGCUUUAGGUCUGAAUCAGUUAAAGGCACCGGAAUCUCCUGUUCUCAGCCAUGUGUCCAUGAAGAGUGACUAUUCUAUGACGCCUUCCAUAGAUUUCAAAGAUGGAGAUGAUUUCCCUGCUUUAGGUGUCGAAAUGGGGAAAGAAGAAGAAAAACAGUUGGAGUCCAUAUUUAAGGAUCUGCAACACACACUGAUCUCUUUGGUGCAGAAAGAACUGAGCAUGUGCCAGAGGUUGCUGAGGGCAGAUUACCCAACAUGCUCUGAGAGAGGGGUGGAGGAUGAGGAGGAUCUGAGCAGUGUAAGAGAGUGGUUGCUGAAGAUCAUCCUAAACAUUCUGAGGAACAAGAAGCAGACAGACCUCGCUGACACACUGCAGACAAAGAUGGCUCCCAAAAAGCUUAAAUCCAAGCUAAUAGAAAAAUGUAAGCGAAUUAAUGAGGGAAUCUCACAGCAUGGAACAUCAACCCUUUUGAAUGAGAUAUACACAGAGCUCUACAUCAUAGAGGGAGGGAGUGGAGACGUGAAUAAUGAACACGAGGUCAGACAGAUCGAGACAGCAUCCAGAAGACCAGCAUCACAGGAGAAACCCAUCAACUGCAACGAUCUCUUUAAAGACAAACCAGUCCGAAAUGUUCUGACUAAAGGAGUUGCUGGAAUUGGAAAAACAGUCUCUGUGCAAAAGUUCAUUCUGGAUUGGGCUGAAGGAAAAGCCAAUCAGGACAUCCACUUCAUAUUUCCACUUCCGUUUAGAGAGCUGAAUUUCAUUAAGGAGACAAAGCUUGGUCUGAUGGAGCUUCUUCAUCACUUUUUUCCAGAAAUAAAGAAAUUAAAAUCAUUAGACUGUGAUGCUUAUAAAGUCCUGUUUAUAUUUGAUGGUCUGGAUGAGUGUCGACUUCCUCUAGAUUUCCAGAACAAUGAGAGAUUGUUGGAUGUAACAGAUAAGGCCUCAGUAGAUGUGCUGUUGACCAACCUCAUCAAGGGAAAUCUGCUUCCCUCUGCUCUCCUCUGGAUAACAUCCCGACGAGCGGCAGCUGAUCAGAUCCCUCCUGAGUGUGUUAAUCUGGUAACAGAGAUUCGAGGGUUCAGUGACCCUCAGAAAGAGGAAUAUUUCAGAAAGAGAGUUAGUGAUCAAACCCUGGCCAAUAGCAUCAUCACACACAUCAAGUCCUCUAGAAGCCUCUACAUCAUGUGCCACAUCCCAGUCUUCUGUUGGAUUGCAGCCACUGUUCUAGACAGAAUGUUGGGUGAAGCAGAGACUGGAGAGAUCCCAAAGACUUUGACUCAAAUGUUCACACACUUCCUCAUCUUUCAGAUCAAACAUAGGAACCAAAAGUAUCAUAAAAAAUGUGACCAUGAUCCUCAAAAGAGAAUAUUGGAGACUAAAGAGAAUAUUCUGGCACUGGGAAAACUGGCUUUCCAGCAGCUGGAAAAGGGCAAUCUGAUCUUCUAUGAGGAAGACCUGAAAGAGUGUGGCAUUAAUAUUAGAGAAGGAUCAGUGUGCUCAGGAGUUUGCACACAGAUCUUCAGAGAGGAAUUACUUCACCUGGGGAAGGUGUUCAGCUUUGUACACCUAAAUGUUCAGGAGUUUCUGGCUGCCUUAUAUGUAUAUAUCUCCUUCUUCAACAAAGAUGGAAAAGAACAGCUGGCCACUGAUCUCUCAGAUCUUUUCAACCAAUCCACAAUGUCAGACUUACUCAAGUCUGCAGUAGACAAGGCAUUACAGAGUGAGAAUGGACACCUGGAUCUUUUCCUUCGCUUUCUUCUGGGCCUUUCACUGGAGUCCAAUCAGACUCUUUUAUCUGGUCUACUGACAGUUGCUGAAAGAAGCUCUCAUCACAAAGAAGACACAGUCCAAUACAUCAAGGAGAAGAUCAGAGAGAAUCCUUCUACAGAGAAAUCAAUUAAUCUGUUCCACUGUCUGAAUGAACUGAAUAACCAUUCUCUAGUGCAAGAAGUCCAAGAAUAUGUAAACAGAAGAAAUCAUCAUCCUGGUAAAGACAGGCUUUCUCCUGACCUCUGGUCAGCUCUGGUGUUUGUGAUGCUGAACUCAGAUGAGAAGCUGGACAACUUUGAUUUGCAUGAAUAUCAUCCAUCAGAGGAAUGUCUUAAGAGACUGAUGCCAGUGGUCAAAGCAUCUACAAAAGCUGUGCUGUGUUUCGGUAACCUCACAGGGGAAAGCUGUGCAAAUCUGGCCUCAGCUCUCAGCUGCUCAAGCCUAAUAGAACUUGAUCUGAGUUACAAUAAACUGGGUGACUCCGGAGUGCAGUUGCUCUCAAAUGGACUGAAGAAUCCAAACUGUCAACUUAAGAUACUUCAUCUGAGUGGUUGUAAUCUCAAAGGGAAAAGCUGUGCAGCUAUUUCCUCUUCUCUCAGUUCAAACUACUCACAUCUAAGUACACUUAAUCUGAGUAACAAUAAACUGCUACAAGAUUCGGGUGUGAAGCUGCUCUCAACUGGACUGAAGAGUUCACACUGUAAACUGGAGAUACUGAUGCUCUGUAAUUGCAGUAUUACAGAUGAAGGUUAUACUGAUCUAGCUUCAGCUCUAAAAUCAAACCCCUCAUCACACCUGAGAGAGCUGAACCUGGACUACAAUAAGUCAGGAGAAUCAGGCGUGAAAUUGAUCUCUGAGCUACAGGAGGAUCCACACAGUAACCUGAAGAAACUGCUCCUCAACUUGCAAGCUACUCAUUAGAUGACACUUCAUUAGGGGUUAAUGUCCUCGAGGGAGCAUGCCUGUGUGUCAUGGCAAUGAGUCACCUGGAAAUGUUAAAAUUCAUUUGUAAAAAGAAAAAAACAAUUAAAAUAUAUUCACAAAAAAGCAUUUGUAAACAUUAAUAACUUUAGAUUUAGAAUGCAAAACAGAAGAAAUGGUAAUAGUGUACAUUUUAAAAGUGCGUCUACCUUUUUUCUGGUCACAGUCCAGUCAAACUUUUCUACUGUGAUUAAAAUCUGAGCUAUUGACCAUUUUUAAACUUUUAUAAUGUAAUCUAACAGUUCGUUCAGACCCCAAUAUUGUGGCCAAACAUCACCCACUCACAGCCCAGUCACACUCCAGUAUAAUAGUCAAAUCUCUCUUAGCUUGUGGCCUUUCCAGACUCCAGUACUGUGAUCAAAACGGUCCCAGUUUAUGGCUCAGUCAAACUCCACUUCUGUGGUUAAAAUUGUCACAGUUCAUGCUAAACUUCACUUCUGUGUAUUAAAAAGCUUCACAUUUAUGUCCCAAGCUGACUUGUCUGCUGUGGUCAAGUCUCCCAGCUUAUGGCACGGUCAUGCUCCACUAAUAUUAUCAAAAGUAUCACAAGCUCAUGAACCAAACUCUGAUACUGUGGUCACAUUUUGUGGCCCAGUCAGAUUCACUACCACGGUAAAGGUCUCCCAGCUUUUCGUCCUGUCAGCCUUCAAUAUCUCAGAAUACCUGUAAUAUCCGUAACAUCUAUUUAUAUCUUCUAAUUGUGUGUUUUACUGUUAUAUAGUACAUUUAAGCUAAAUUAGAGAGAUACUGAAUU